GUCACAAUAAAUAUUCUUCACUGUCUAGUGUCAUUCGCCAAACUAAUAAUAUGUAUGCAAAAUCAAAUUUAUGGUUCGCAUAUCGUGGAGCAGUUAAACAAUUUUCUUUAUAUUAAAACUUAAUAGUUUCUGUGAUAACACGUUUAUCUGGAUUGAUAAUAUAGACUUCGUAUAUGAAGAUGACCGCAAGACAAUCUGAGGAUUUAAAUACCAUGCCUAAUUUUGUUCCAACACGUAUUCAAUGCUACCUAUGCGAUUUACCACGUUAUCCAUGGGCAAUGCUAUCAGAAUUCAGUGAACCAGUUUGUCGUGGUUGUGUCAACUAUGAAGGAGCUGACAGGAUAGAAUGUGUUCUUAGUCGGGCUAGAUUAAUGAAAAUGCACUAUUUACCACGUGUAUAUCAUCAGAGAACUGUCAAUGAUAAACUAGAAGAAUAUUCUUCCUCCUCUAAUACUGCACCUUUAUCAACAUCCUCAACACAUGAUGAACGUAAUAUUUCCUUUAAUGAUUUAAAUAUGGAGCCAAGAAAAUCACCAUUAGAUGUGAACAAAUCGCUGAUGUUUAAAACACAAAUCAAUAAAAAUCCUGAAGUAAAUCGUUUUAUUGAUUCACAUCUUUUAAAUAAUCAGAUUAACGAUGAUAUUUAUAAAAGUAUAAGUAUGCUAACAGGGAGCAAUAUACAACCAACUCCAGCGAAUAUUUCGUCAACUUCAGUGACAUCAUCAGCCUCGUCAUCGACUAUUACAAGUAAUAAUGUAGGAAAUUCUCCACAACAACGUGAUUAUGAUAAUCGUUUAAAAGAUGUUUGUAUGAAUUUUUUAAAGUAUGUUUCAUUGCCGCCAUCCUUAGCAUCAAAUGCCUCAUUAUUAGCAAAUUUAAAUUCUAAAACAAUAUUCUCUACUGAAGAUCAACUGGAACAUUCAAACACAACAGAAGAUUGUUCAACGGCUCAAUUUAAAGGGAAUCAUCAAAAUAAAGGAGUCAUUGUAUCACCAUCACAAAGUGAUAGUCUAAUAAAUUCUUCACUACCUAAUGUUGUAUUGAAUCCAAAUGAAAUGAAUGCAAUAAAUACGCCUAAGCUGAAUACUUUUCUAAAUGAUGACUCGAUAGAUAGCUCUGUUACAGAAGCAAAGAAUGGUUUGAUACCAGAGUCAACAUUACAGUCUCUGUGGAAUUCUCGCCUACUGACAACCUACAUACAAAUCAUUGGAAGUAUUUUAGGCUCAAAUCCAACAGUCACUGAUGAAGAAAACCAUCAACAAUUGAAUAACAGUGUAAACAGAUUGAAUUCUCAGAAUAAAGCGAAUACAGGAAAUCUGCUGAAUCCCCUGAUCCCUCCAUACCUGUUCAAUGAAAACUCUCAUACUGGAAAGUUGUCCAAGCUGAAUAUGAAUUCAAAUCAUUCUCAUCUAUUGCUGGCACAACAGUUAAAGCUGCCUAUUCUUAUAAGAUUACGUAACCAAUCAAAUAUUCAAGCACAUUUCUUAGGCUUAAAUCAUACUUCCCUUAUUAAUGAGGAUGGUAACCAUUCAGAACAGAAUACUAGCAAUUUAGUGAAUAUCAUGUUUUUUGAAUACCCCAUUGGUUCGUCAAAUACAUGUAAAGGUUUUCAUCAGCUGAUAAAACUAAUCAAUACAAGAGUUAGUCAUCAGAAGAAACACUUAAAUACUGAUGUCAACGGUAACAAUGGUGAUGAUACUGCUACUGAUAAUGAUAAUGUCAACUGUUUAGGCGUUGAAGACUUUGAGUAUGAAGUGGGUAGAGAUCAUGUUAAUCAAAUUAUUUGGGCACCGUUUAUUGAUUUAAUCAUGUUAAUCAUCCAAUUGAUUUAUCAACCAUUUAUUCAAAAACAGAUAUCCGCUACAACGCCAUUAUUAUUGCCUAGAGAUUUAUUAAAACAAAUCAAUAUGCUAAACAGUACAACUGUUGAAACAAUGAAUUUAUCAAGAAAACGAAAUUCUAAUAGUUAUAGUUCAGAUGAUCCUAAUUUAAAUCAAAUGUAUGAUAUAGGUCAAAAACAGCCUCGACUUGAAAAUGCUCAAAGUUAUCUUCACAAUGAACUCAAUGGGAUUAAAAGUCAUAUCGGGAAUAAUUAUACCAGUAAUAUCAAUAAUCCAUCAGAUAGGAUGACUGAUCCUUUGAAGAAAUGGAAACCUCUAUUACAGCCUAGAAAAUCACCGAGUAAAAGAAUAUUGUGCAAUUUAUGUCCACGUCAUUUGGAAGGUAGUCAUUUCGUUCAGUGUCCAGCUAAUCCAGAGCAUAGAUUUUGUUUUCAAUGUGCUCGGAAUUAUCUGGAAAGAAUGAUGAAUGAACAUCAAACAGCUAGAAGUGGUAGUAAUUUGAAUAAUCUGAAAAUUUUGGAAAUUUAUUGUCCUAGCGGUAAAAAAUGUGUUUUACCAGGUUCAAAAUCACCAUGGGCAUUUGUCACUUCAGAGAUAGCUGCUAUUUUAGGCAAAACUCAGGUCAAUGAUCAUAUCUCUCGAAGUGAUCCGUCAUUAACAUCGGUAAAUACAAGUGUCCAGGAUACACCGGCUAGUGUUGCUACUAGUUACAGUAUAAAUAUUAACAAGUGUUCCACUAAUGCUAAUCACAAUCUGCCAACCAACUGUCGAUUAGAAACUAUCUCAAAUACUAGUUCUACACAAUCCUCGUCAAACAGUCAACAGGAUGGCAGUGAUCUUUUGUCUCCGCAUAGUGUAAACUCAAAAACUCCACCUGAAUCGCCAAUAAAAACAUCGCUGAGUGAAGUCUCUUUAUCUCUUAGCAGUAAACCAGUCAGUACUGGCUGUCAUCAAAUAGGAAUGAAUAAAAUGCCUAAAGAUAGUCAUAAUAUAUGCGGAAAACUGCGUAGUCAUCGACGUCUAACAUCGUCCCCUUUGUCGGUAAGCACUACUUCCUCACCAGCUACUUCAACACCAUCACUGUCAUCCUCAAUGAUUAAAUCCAAUGAAGUGAAAUCUAAAUCGUCAUCAUCUACUUCAUCAUUGUCGUCAACAUCAACAAUAAAAUUAGUCGAGAAUGAUUCCACAAAAAGUAACAUUGAACUAUCACCUUCUGAGAUGAGUAAUGAGAUUUCAGAUAAUGAAUAAAUAAGUCAAUCAGUCUUGUUCUUCUGUAUCAGUUGGAAAUGUUGCCACUUUCUCGCAUACCCGUACUCCUUCACCCUUCUAUCACUAUCACCAUUACUUCUUUAUUAAUAACUGUAUGAAGAACAGAAUAUAUAACAGUGAUUAACAUACUUACUGUCUAUUGCUUGUACAAAAUUAUUGUUAUUGUUAUUAUAAUUGCCAUUAUUGAUUUUUUUUCAUUUUUGAAUUAACUUCAGAAUAUUAUUUGAACAGUUUAACAGUAUAUUAUGAGUAUAAUAAUAAUUAUUAUUACUGCUAUGAAUACUAUUCAAGAAAUAAUCCACAUUAUAUAAUAAUAAAA